AUGCCGUCCGACGAAAUUGUAGACCACAACAUUUUCGACCAGCUUCUAGAGAUGGACGAGGAUGAUGAGGACAGAAGCUUCAGCAGAGAUAUCGUAACAAAUUACUUUGAGCAAGCGGAAACCACAUUCGCAAGCAUGGACACAUCUUUGAAGGAGAAGGACCUCCCCGCGCUUUCCAGACUGGGACACUUCCUGAAGGGCAGUUCAGCAGCUCUCGGACUGACGAAAGUAAAAGCAUCUUGCGAAAAGAUGCAACACUACGGGAACAUGAAAGACGAGCACGGAUCCGGCAGUAUCACAGAAGAAGACGCCUUGAAGCGCAUUACGGCGCUAUUGAAACAAACGAAAACGGAGUACAAGGAGGCGGAAGACUACUUGAAGAAGUUUUACGAGACGGAUGGGGAUGCGGCUGCGGAGGACGAGGAAUGA